UCGCAUUGUUUACAUUUUUUGCUAACAGGCUAACAAGCUAGCAAGCUAACAGGCAGACGGUAGAUGCUUUCCCGGUCAGGUGUCGCCGUAUUUAGUGUUUUUAUUCGGUCUUUAUCAACUUUCCGGCAGACUGGAUUAAACCGUUUACCGUUACCAGACUCUGUCCCGGUGCUCUGCCGCCGGUCGGUCGCUCUGUGCCGGUGCAGGCUGCCUCCUCUGCCCGGUGUCACCCGGAGGACAAGAAGCUUCUCCACAAACAGAGAGAUGCCUAAAAAGGAGAAAGUGAAAGGGAAGCCGGCUGGUGCAGGUGGAGCAGCCGAUGCAGAAGCUUCCGGUCCGGUGACUCGAGAUAAAAGUGGUGCUGUGACCGUAACGGUUCACGCCAAGCCGGGCUCCAAACACAGCGGCAUCACAGAAGUCUCUGCUGAGGCCGUCGGUGUCGCCAUCGCAGCGCCACCUACAGACGGAGAAGCCAACGCUGAGCUUAUUCGCUACCUGGCUGAAGUUCUGGACCUGAAGAAGAGUCACAUAUCUCUGGACAAGGGCUCCAGGUCCAGAGACAAACUGAUCAAGGUGGACUCGUCUCUGGGUCCAGAGGAGGUUCUGAGGAGGCUCCAGCAGGCUGCAGGAUGACAGGAGAACUUUACAUCAUUUACAGAACAAACUCAGGAAAUUUUUUCUGCCCUGUUUCAUCACUGACCAUGAGGAAAAUUACUGAAUAUAAAUGUGGAGUUGAAUUUAUUUACCAACCAUCUCCUAAUGAGCUGGAGGUGUGUCCAGAUGUUUCCAGCUGUGGACUGCAUGUAUAAAUGAAAUGAGCUGUUUACUGCGAAUAAACAGACUGUGUUUUGUAUAA